CGCGCACCGGGCUUUCCUCGAUCGCGGGGAUCUCAAGGGGCGAAGGGAUCGCCGGGGAGGGGGACCGGAGAGCCGCGCCCGCCGCGCGGCGCGCCCCUUCCCGCCCCCUGCCUGCACCAUGAGCUGGGGCAUCGAGCUCUGGGAUCAAUUUGACAACUUAGAAAAACACACACAGUGGGGAAUUGACAUUCUUGAGAAAUACAUCAAAUUUGUAAAGGAAAGGACAGAGAUCGAACUCAGCUAUGCAAAACAACUCAGGAAUCUUGCAAAGAAAUACCAACCUAAAAAGAACUCGAAGGAAGAAGAGGAAUACAGGUAUACAGCAUGUAAAGCCUUCCUUUCCACCCUGAACGAAAUGAACGAUUACGCCGGGCAGCACGAAGUUAUCUCCGAGAACAUGACCUCACACAUCACCGUGGAGCUAGCCCGCUACGUCCAGGAACUGAAGCAGGAGAGGAAAUCGUACUUUCACGAUGGGCGGAAGGCACAACAGCACAUAGAGAUCUGCUGGAAGCAACUCGAAUCAAGUAAAAGGCGAUUUGAACGUGACUGCAAAGAGGCGGACAGGGCACAGCAGUACUUUGAGAAGAUGGACGCCGACAUCAAUGUCACCAAAGCAGACGUUGAGAAGGCACGUCAGCAAGCUCAAGUACGUCACCAAAUGGCCGAGGACAGCAGAGCCGAUUACUCGUCAAUUCUCCAGAAAUUCAACCACGAGCAGCACGAGUAUUACCAUACUCACAUCCCCAACAUAUUUCAGAAAAUACAGGAGAUGGAGGAAAGGAGGAUACUGAGGAUUGGGGAGUCAAUGAAGACCUACGCCGAAGUUGAUCGGCAGGUGAUUCCGAUCAUUGGGAAAUGCUUGGAUGAAAUAGUAAAGGCGGCCGAAUCGAUUGAUCAGAAGAAUGAUUCGCAGCUGGUCAUAGAAGCUUACAAGUCCGGCUUUGAGCCUCCCGGGGACAUUGAAUUUGAGGAUUACACUCAGCCGAUGAAGCGCACUGUGUCAGAUAACAGCCUCUCGAAUUCCAGAGGAGAAGGCAAACCGGAGCUCAAAUUUGGUGGCAAAUCCAAAGGAAAGUUGUGGCCCUUCAUCAAAAAAAAUAAGCUUAUGUCCCUUUUAACAUCCCCCCAUCAGCCUCCCCCUCCUCCCCCUGCCUCUGCCUUACCCACUGCUGUUCCCAACGGCCCCCAGUCUCCCAAGCAGCAAAAGGAACCCCUCUCCCAUCGCUUCAACGAGUUCAUGACCUCCAAACCCAAAAUCCACUGCUUCAGGAGCCUAAAGCGUGGGACUCAGUCUUUCUGUUUUCACAAAGAACUCAUGAAGAGGACGAUAGGGAAGCCCACGUAUGCUUUUGAAGCUAGGGACUAUGUUCUUUCUCUCAAGCUGGGCGCCGCGCCAGAGGAUUUCAGCAACCUCCCGCCUGAGCAGAGAAGGAAAAGGCUGCAGCAGAAAGUCGAUGACUUAAAUAAAGAAAUUCAAAAGGAGAUGGACCAAAGAGAUGCCAUCACAAAAAUGAAAGAUGUUUACCUAAAGAAUCCUCAGAUGGGAGACCCAGCCAGCCUGGAUCACAAAUUAACAGAAGUCAGCCAAAAUAUAGAAAAACUGCGGCUAGAAGCCCAGAAAUUUGAGGCCUGGCUGGCCGAGGUGGAAGGCAGGCUGCCAGCGCGCAGCGAUCAGGCCCGGCGCCAGAGCGGAAUGUACGAGGCCCAGAACCCGACCACGGUCAACAACUGCGCUCAGGACCGCGAGAGCAGCCCGGAUGGCAGUUACACGGAGGAGCAGAGUCAGGAGAGUGAGGUGAAGGUGCUGGCCACGGAUUUCGACGACGAGUUUGAUGAUGAGGAGCCCCUGCCUGCCAUCGGGACUUGCAAAGCCCUCUACACGUUCGAAGGGCAGAACGAAGGAACCAUUUCAGUAGUGGAAGGAGAAACGCUGUACGUUAUAGAGGAAGACAAAGGUGACGGGUGGACCCGCAUCCGGAGGAACGAAGAAGAGGGUUAUGUCCCCACUUCGUACGUCGAAGUCUAUUUGGACAAAAAUGCCAAAGAUUCCUAGAGGCCUCGGGGAGCCUUCCCAGGAGAAACCCUCCGGUCUGCUUGUCUCCACAGGCCUGGGCGCCCACGCUGGGCUGGACCGUGGCCCUGGACAUCUCAGCCUGAAGUGACAUCCCCCCCCCCCCCCCGCCACGUAGCUGCUUGCCUUUUUCUUUUUCUUUUCUUUCGACAGCAUGCCCCUCGUGGCCCUGCUCCUUCCGUGGCCCAGUCCGGCCACCUCUGCGGGGAGCAGGUCUGUCCCUGUCCCCACCACACACAGGGCCACGGAAGGCAGCUAGACACGUGUUCCCCCCUCCCCGGGCUCCCGCCUCGGCCCUCAGUCUACCUGGAGCAUCCUGGCCCGUCCAUGGUUCACACUGUGCCUUUCGUGAAAACUUUGCCACUGGUCGCCUCCCCCCCACCCCGCCCGGGAGACUAACAAAAUCUGGACGAGGAAGGCCAAGUGCGCACCAGGUGGACUGAGCGCCCGAAUGUCACUGACGUGUUCCCGUGUCCCGACUCUGUUGAGUAUUCGGUGGUCCUUUUCUGGUUAUGGGUCCUCACCUCGCCCCAAACACUGGCCCUGGCAACAUGUCAUGGCCCGAGAGCGGCCACGGGGGCACGCACACGCAUGCACGCGCGCACCCCCCCCCCUCCGUGCACGCUCAGCACACACGCGUUUUUAUCUGGGGCCCGUGCUCAGUGGCCUGGAAAGGUCUGGACUGGACGUCCUAUUCCAGCCCGGGGGCCACGCACAAAAGCCUGCAUCCACCCGCCUUCUCCCUGCCGUCUCCCUCGUUAAUGAGCACUGUGGACCCUGGCGCUUCACGAACGAGGGUCUUGCCUCGGCGUUAGCUGGUCGCAGGGCGAAAAUUCCCAUCUUUCCAUGAAUUCCGAGAUGUGCGUCUUAGGGUUUUAGCGCCUUCCUCACCAAAGACCCUGUGCUGCCCGUGGCUCCGGCUUCUGUAUGUUCUCACGUGUUCUGCAGGUCACGGAGACUGGACUGCGUUUGCCUCUGGAGCGAGGUUUCCCGCCCCUUGCGGACCCUUGGGGACAACGUGAGGCCAUGUAGCCUGUGGCCACUCAUGCCUUAGAGCAGCGCAGCGUUCCUUCUUUUCUGGUGCAGAAACAGUCGGGAGAAAUCACUGGCUGGGAGUGUCUGUGGACGAGACCCCAUCCGAAGGCCAAGAAGGAAAUCGGGCCUCUUUCUUGUCUCGUUUGGCUUUCGGUAACUAGGCGGUCGCCUCGAACCUCCUCAAUUUUUCUCGACAUUUACGAAUCUAAGACCAGGGUGUCUUCUGGGAGCCGAAGGGACAGGGACAGGGACAGAAACGGGCAGGUGCUAAGGGCUUGGGCCUGUGUCCAGCGGCCCCAAAGAUGGCUCCUCUCAGCCAACCGGGGUUGACCAGACGCCUCCCUCAGAGCGGCUCGGCGACUAGAAACUUCCAGCAAGCAAACGCCCGGGGUUGAGCAAGUGAACCGAAGUAGCUUCGGGUUUAAAGGCGAGCCAGCGAGAGAGCAUGAGCCGCCCCCCCUUCUGUCUCUCUGUCCUUCUGUCUGUCCCUAAAGGGGGCUACGCCCUUGGCUUGACGGUCACCUGCCGGAGAGGCUGCGGCCACUGGCUGUCGCGAGGCUGCUACGUUGGCGGCAGGCCUCCGGUCCCCACGGUGGCGGCGCACCCGCGGCCAACUCCUCAGUCUCGCGAGAGGGCCGGCUUGGCACGUGACCCGGAAGCCAGGCGGCCAAAGGGCGAAGGGGGAGGGGGGGGCCGGGGCUCCCCUGCGUCCCUGCAAACCUACAGGUGCGCGGUUAGUGCGGGCGGCCCCGGAGGCUCCACGGGCGGCUUCUCCAGCCGCCGGGUGACCAGGUGUCCCCAGGAACUUCUGAAUCUCACCAGGCCAAGCCGACCACUCUCCACCCCACAGAAGACGCUAAUGGUUUUUUAAAUCGAUUUGAGAGCCUCGGUAACGCAUGCGCAUUGCAUCUUUCCCAUCCCGGGUCAGAACAGAUUCAUUUCUCGCAACAUAGGGGAUACGGUAGAAGUUGCAGUGAUUUGUCCUUUUCAUGUCUGUCAAACCCGAUAUAGAAUAUACUCGUAUCUUGUACCCCCUGCGCCUUCCCCUCCCCCCCCUUCCUUCCUUCUGUACCACCUGCGUCCAAAAAAGAAUGCAUCGUAAGCACUUCUCAGUGUUCGGCGUGGGGUUUGCGCUGUGAGGCCGAGCUCAUCAAAGGAAAUAAGUUAUUAUGUGAUAGUUGAGACGUAUCGUUUACUCUGGGAGUCCUACUGGGAGCUCAUCUAUCUAUUCUUACGCACGCGUUCACGUAGGGUAGAGACGCGUAAUUUACGACCUGCUUCCCGGCCUCCCCGCCCCGCACCCCCGAUGCCUGUGGUUUCCCUGCCGAUGCUAGAAUACUGUUGUCGUAAGAAUGACUAAGUUUUAAGGAGCCUGCCCUGACAAUGACCUAAAAACGAAACGAAAGACAGGAACUGGUCAUUUACCCCGUUUCUCCUUUGCAGGAUAAAAAGGUAUGGAAAGCCGUCAUGGGAUUUUCCUUUGGAUUUUGAUGGCGCUCGCCUCGAAGCUUCCAGGCUGUGAGGCUCAGGCCAGAUGAGCUGUAGCACAGGGGCCCCCUAAUGCCUUCUGGUGACAUCUGUAAUUACAGGAGAAAGUUUACUGAACCUGGAAAAAAAAAAAAGUUACAUUGAUGCUAAGUAUUUUUCCAGAAAUCUUGGUUUCAUACUUCCUCAUGCCUCUGCCUCGUUGUGCUUCUUCUAUCAUUAAAAAAACAAAAACAAACUUAUUUAGAGAGUGAUCCAAAAUUCUAUUUUAACCUGACGUUGAGCACCUUUAAACUUUUUAGUUUAUGUGUGCGCGUGGCACUAAUUCUAAGCUUUGGAGGCAUCUCAAGUGUUGUAACGGCCCAUUGCCAUUGUGAAGGUUCUGGAACUGCCCAUUUGUCUCUGGAGAUGGAAUUAAACCAAAUAAAGUGCUUCCAUUGGAAGGCUUAUAUUGACCUUGUAACUAUACGUUAACCCUCUUAAAUGUUAAAUAAAAGUAUAACCUCUG